UGAUGCUCACUAAUGUAUAGUCACACUGAAGCACAAUUGCACAUUGCGUUUAGCUGAAAGUAAUUUGUUUAAUUAAAAUGAAUAAGCAAUUAAUAACAAAUUCAAUACGCAUAUUGCGCAUAGGCAGCGGUAUAAAAUAUCAAGCGCCCGUCCUUACAACAGUGCGUCAAUAUGCCACACCGCCGAAACGUUUUUAUAAGUCUACAAAUGUGAUCAGCACAGAUGCCGGCUAUGAGGUGACAUUGGAUCAUCGCAAGCUGAAGACCCCUAACGGCACAUUGUUUACGGUGAAGAGUGAACCCUUAGCCAUAGCUGUAGCCACCGAAUUCGAUGCCCAAAAGGAACAUAUCGAACGUUCUCGCAUGCACAUUUCAGCACUAUGCUUUACGGCUAUCGAUAAUCCUAAUAAGCUGACGAAACCCGAUAUGGUUAAUUAUCUGCUAAAUUUCAUACCCACCGAUACUGUGUUAUUCCAAUAUGAUAAUGAACAGGAUCUGCAGGAGCUGCAGCAUAAUGAAUGGGAUCCCGUUAUCGACUGGUUUAAUCAGCGUUUCGAGACGAAUCUGCAAAAAACUAUGAACAUAACACCACCUCAAGUCAGCAGCGAGGAUAAAAUGAAAAUUGCCAAGCACUUUCACUCGUAUAACUUGGAAACCCUUCAUGGUUACAUUUUUGCUGUGGACACGCUGAAAUCUAUUGUGCUGGCCUGCGCUGUAAUUGAGCAGAAGAUUACAGUGGAAAAAGCGGUGGCACUUUCCCGUCUUGAGGAGGAAUACCAGCUCAAAUUUUGGGGACGCGUUGAAUGGGCUCACGAUUUCAGCCAACAGGAGCUGCAGGCACGCUUAGCUGCCUCAGUGCUUUUUGUGCACCUUAAUUGCUCCGAAAACCUUAUCAAGCAAAAGUCGAUAUUAUAAAAUAUUGAUAUUUAAGGAAAAAAAUUUGUUUUGCUGA